CCCCGAGCCUGACGAGCCAUGGCAGGCGCCCGGCCGGUCUGCAGCGUCGCGGUCACCAACUAGCCUGGCCGCGCGGCCCCUGUCGCCUCACUCCUUGCAGCCGCGCCCAGGCCUGGGAGACGCCGUGAGGAGGAUGAGUCGCUUGAGCUGGUUGCUGCUGCCAACCCUCUGCCUCCAGCUCACCCACGCAGCACCGCGGCGCGGCGCGCCCGCUUCUGACUGAGAGCUCAAGCCCCAGCAAAAUGAAUUGUAUUCCUUCUUAUGGACCAUAAAGAGAGACCCGCCGUCUUAUUUCUUUGGUACAAUCCAUGUCCCGUACACCCAGGUUUGGGACUUGAUCCUCUACAAUUCCAAUGAGGCUUUUCAGUACAGCAGCAUCGUGUACUUUGAGCUGGACCUCACUGACCUCUACACAGUCUCGGCCCUCACUCGCUGUCAGAUGCUGCUGCAGGGUGAGAACCUCCAGUACGUGCUUCCUACGGACAUCUACUGCCACCACCUAGAGGAUGUCAAACUCAUGAUGCCUUCGUGGAUGAUCCCAGACCAGUGUGAUAAGGGUCUCUAUGCAGAUUACCUCUUCAAUGCCGUCGCCGGUAAUUGGGCGCACACGAGGCCGAGGUGGGUCAUGCUCACAGUCCACUCCCUGACCAGAAUGGACAUUAAGUCCCGCGGGGUGCCUGUCUUAGACCUCACUGCCCAGGAGACCGAGCGGCUGAGGAAACAGACUGGGGCGGUGGAAAAGGUGGAAGAGCAGAGCCAUCCAAUGAAUGGGCUGAACUUUUCACAGGUCAUCUUUGCUUUGAACCAGACCCUCCUGCAGCAGCAGAGCCUGCUAGGCAGUCUUCAGAUCUCUUACACGAUGGAGGAUCUCAUCAAACACUCUAACUGCGGGGACCUCAGCUCCGUCAUCUUCAGCCAUGACAGCUCCCAGGUUCCUAAUUUUAUUAAUGCCACGCUACCACCUCAGGAACUCCUCACCGCUCAGGAGACUGACAGCUACUUCCGCCAGGAGCUUAUCUACAAGCGGAAUGAAAGGAUGGGGAAGCGGGUGAAGGCCCUUUUGGAGGAGUUCCCUGACAAAGGCUUUUUGUUUGCCUUUGGAGCUGGUCAUUUAAUGGACAACAACACAGUGCUUGAUGUUUUGUGGCGCGAAGGUUAUGAGGUAGAACACGUCCCUGCUGGAUGACCCAUCAACAUAGAGAAGAAUAAAAGUCCCUCUUCGCAGCCCACCUCCUCUGCCAUAGUUGCUCCAGAAAUGCCUGCUCCGGAAGCAUUGGUCCCGGAAUGGGUUGAAUUGAAGGUGUACUCACUGUGGCCACCCCACGUGUCCAUGACCGGAAGUACCAACCUGCCAGGUGAGGCUGGGAGGAAGUUCCGGAAGAAGCGGAGGCGGCUGCAGCGGAGGCAGCGGCGGCAGCGGCUCUGGCAGUUCAGUGACCUGUGGGUCCGACUGGAGGAGAGGUGAGGCGAGGUGGUGCUGUGGUCCCACCCACCACUCCAGGUCCCAGUUCUGGACUGGCAUGUCUCUGCUGAGCUGCGGCUUCCUUGCCCUGGGUACUCCCACCAUAGCCAGUUGGUGGCUAGCGGUGCCUGCCAAUCUCUCUGGACUCCUGUGUUCUGGCUGUUGGUCCUGGCUUUCCAUAUGGAGACACCCCUCUUGUAG